UUUUUUUGAUGAGAAGGAUUAGGGCAAAUCCAACGGUGCCUCUCGAGUAUCUCUCCUGUAUCGCAUAUGGAGACGCUUGUAAAAGGAUUUUCCCUUGAAUUUUCUUCAACUCCAGCAGCUCUCCUUCAACAUUGUGCCAUGGUUAAGAUCGAAUUAGAUUGAGCGUUCAAAAGAGUUCGCUGUGGCUACAGGCUUACAGGCUUUGGUGCAUCAGGGAUUGGGAUUACCACCAUUGCCAAACAACCUCACGGGCAAAUCCUAAUCCAAAGCCCAUACCCUCACACACCGCGUGGCGACGUGGAUGAGGACAUGAGGUACAUCGGGAAUAGCCGGUCUGUAGAGUGAAGACUCCCAGUCCCAGCUGCGCGUGUAACCCUAGUCCGGUACUCCUCCCCCCUCCCCUGCCCUGGAUUCCCAAUCCCAAUCCCAUCUGCCCCCGCCGCCCCGCCCCCGCCCCCGCCGUCUCUCCGAGCCACCGCCUGCUCCGCCGCCCGUCAGAUUACCUCUCCGGUCUCCGCUCGCACCCUAGAGCUCGCCGUCACAUCUCAUCUCAUUGCGGCGCGCAAUCCGUCCUCCACCUACGGUGAUGGAUCAGGGCGAGGGCUCCGCUAGGAUCGUGCGAGGCAGAGGCAGGAACAAGAGGAAGUGGACAAUGGACGAGGACGAGGAGCUGGUCAGGGCCCUCUGCGAGGUGUCCACCGACCCCAGGUUCAGGGCCGAAGGAGGGGGCUUCAAGAACUGCUACACCCAGGGGAUAGAGAGCCUGCUCGCGCAGCGGCUGCCCGGCCGCGGCAUAAAAGCCAGCCCUCACAUCGACUCCCGGCUCAAGGUGCUCAAGCGCAAGUUCCACGCGAUCAAGGAGAUGCUCGCGUCGCCGGGGUUCUCCUGGGACGGCUCCAGGAAGGUCUUCCGGUGCGAGAAGCAGCGAUACGACGAGUACUGCAAAGAUAAUCCUAGAGCCAGGGGGAUGUACGGUGUUCCAUUUCCGCAUUUCGAUGUAUUUGAUGCGGUGUAUGGCAAGGAUAGAGCCGCUAGGGAAGUGGUGGAAGUGUCCGAGGAAGUAACCGCCGACAUGGAGAAUGGGAAUACGAGUGAAGCGGAGGAAGAUCGGACGUCCAAUGGACCGUCCGGCCGAUCCUUGGAUGCUACAUCAACCUAUAAAAAACAGGAGAGAUGUAAGAAUGGCGGUAAAAGGAAGAGGACUGAAUCAAAUUGCCUGUCUCCAGACACGUUGAAGGAUGUGCGUGGUCACUAUCAACGCGCCAGCCAGCAUGUCGACACGAUGGCAGAAGCGAUGGAGCUGUUCAAGGAUGUGCACCGUCACUUCCAGAGUGUUGUUCAGCAUGCCGGUGCAAUGGCAGCGGCAAUGGAGGCGUUCAAGGAUGCACACGAUCAGUUUCAGAGUGUUGUUCAGAAUGUGAGCACCGCCGCAACAGCCAUGGAGCAGUUCAAGGAUGCACAUGAUCAGUUUCGAAGUAUCACCCAGAAUGGCAGCGCAACUGAAGCAGUUAUUGAGCCUCAUGCUGAUCUGCGAGAAAGAUUGUCGCCUGAGGUGCCCCAACAGGAUGCCAGGGUAAGAGCCAUUGCCGAGAUGCAAAAGCUUGGGUUUACCGGAAGCGAAGUGGUCAGCGCUGCGAGUGUUUUCGCAAAGGAACCGGACCAAAUGGGCAUGUUUUUAGCACUCCCCGAAAUCUACAGGAGGGAGUACAUACUCAAGAUGCUCAAUGGUGGGCAAUCUCUCCAUUUUUAGCUUAAAGCGACAUGGGAGGAGAGAAGCUCUAGAAGUUCUAAUUCAGCCUAGUUGCAGCAAUGGCAGUUGAAAUUUUGGUACUAGUACAUUUGUAAAUGGUUAUAUAUCUAGCGUCCCUCUGAAGUGUUCUAAUGCGCUGUGUUAGUGAGAGUAGCCUUGGCAUUCCUUUCCUUGCACCGGACUCGGUGGAAAAUUGUACGGCCAAAGGGUAAUGGGCAACCUGUCCGAUUCCAACAGCAUUCCGAACGACUCUGACGUCACAUUCUGAGCAAAACAACAGCCACCUAAAACUGUGGUUCGUCAGACACGUAGCGAGGAAAUGAAAUGGUUUACAAUGGAGCCCAAGAAAAUUACUCUCUCUUUCUAAAAAGAACUGUUCAGUAUCCUGAUGUUUUUCUUUUAGGAAGUCAUACUGGUAGCUUGAGCUAAUUGUGUCACUUGCUUUGUCAAGAAAGUUCACACAAUGCCGCUAGAAAACAACAAAGCCUUGCAAUAUAUAAGCUCGAUGAUCUCAAGUUACUCAAUAUAUUUUGAGAUGCAACUAAUCAGGAUUUCAACCUCAAACUGUGUAGGAACUUGCUAAAUACCAUACAAACAAACUGGUGAAUUCACACAGGCAAGAAAUUAUGUCAUGAAUGCGCGCAUGGAGAGCACAAAAGGCAUCAGUUGAAAGGAAACCGUAGAAAAAAAACGUCGCAAUUAACUGAAAGGAUAAUGAUGCCGAUGUUAUAGAAUCAUCAUUGCCAGUUUAACAUCAAUUUGCUGACAUCAAAUAUCCACAAAUACCAACAAAAGGGAA